CUAGCUCGCUGUAAGCAUACUGACAAUGCCAGUCAUAUGUGGUUCUGUUAGGUUCUGCUCAUAGUCCUAUUUUAGGUUUUUCAGGGGAUAAAGAGUGACAACCUAGAUAAUUAAUGCGAAAUAUACAUUCUGAAGAUCAGAAGAUUGUCUACCCUUCUUUUCAAGGGCGUGAUGACGAGCGGGCUUUGAAUUUUCGGUUAUGAAUGAUAAGUGUUGUGUUUGUAGUCUGAAGUUCCAAAGCCUUUCGAAUGCGUUACUGUUUUGUAGCAAUUGCAGUAUAGCCGUACAUCAGGGGUGCUAUGGGGGUCCAAAGGUUGCGGGCGUCAACCAUUGGUUUUGCAGAAAAUGCGAGUCCCAAGUGCGCGUGAGCAAGAUUCGUUGUGAUUUAUGUCCAAUUAAAGAUGGUGCAUUUAAGCGGAGCAAUGGUGUCAGAUGUGGUUGGGCACAUGUUGUCUGUGCAAUAUAUGUACCUGAAGUCUAUUUCACUGAUUUUAGCAUCAUGGAGCUCAUAUCAGUGGAGAAUGUUCCAGCUGAGAGGUUUGGCCGGUCCUGCGUAUUUUGUGAACGUAAUCAACGAAAUUCCUUAGCAACCUGUGGAGCUUGUAUUCAGUGUGCUUGGAAGAGUUGUCGUGUAUACUUUCAUGCCUCUUGCGCUGGUCUGGAGGGUUUGCUUAGUGAAUUGCCUGCAGCAGAAGCAAGCGGGUCUUUGUCAAUUGCUGAAAUUUUAUUUGGAGCCUUUGGUAAAAACAAAGUUUCCCCUCAAUCUUCAAAUGAUAUCACUGAAUCAUGUAAGGAUACGAAUCAGGCAUUUGAGCAGGAAUAUAGUAAAUUUCAACUGAAUGGAUUUUGCUGUGUGCAACACAAAAAGAAGUUCUAUGAAGUUCCCAACUCAAAUUCAACUCCUGCUAUUUCUCACAGUGAUACUACUAGUAAGCUAUGCAAAUCUCCUAUGAAUGAUGAAGCUUCAUGUGAAGUAACCAAUCAAUCGCUUAGACGGCGUUCUUCCCAGUUACAUCUUACUCAACAGUCACAGUCUUCGGAUCCUGAUAGAACAGACAACAAGCAAACUUUUCAAGACGUGAUACAGGAUGGCAAGAAGAGCACAUCUUCACCAAGUGGUGAACGUUAUGGUCAAAACUCUCUGAAAUUACAGAAAGAUCAGUGUCCCGGUGAAAUUUGUAGUCCAGAAUCCACUUCAUCAGAUUGCUCCAGUCGGAAACGAGUUAAAAUGGAUGAAUGUGGUGAAACUGGUCAAUCAGAACAAGUACCGACCAAGGCAAUGGAGAGGGUUGAAAAUAUUGAUUCAAAGAUGCAUGAAUCGCCUGUUGUGAUGAACCCAGCAGACAAUAUUUCUUCAUUACUUGUAAAUCAAGAACAAGCUGUUGAAGACAAUUUAUGCCCUUCUGGUCCACUGUCUGACAUAUCAACAAAUGAUGAUCAUGGCGAUAAAAUAUGUGAUAAAAAUACUACAGACUACUACAACACAACAAGUCCGCCUAAUCCGCCAUCGGUUACAGCUCUUGAAAUCUGUAAACAGUCGCCUCAACCGAUUACUAUUUCAUCGCCUAUACCCGCCACUACUUCUUUUUCUUCCUCGGAUGUCACUCAUGCAGCUACUCAACUGACAGAAAAACAACCUCCAAGAGUUAACCAACAGAAUGCAAUGAGAAAACGUAAGAAAUCUAUCAAAAACUCAACACCUCAGUCCACAUCGUCUACAACAGCAACAACAACAACAGUGCUAAACCGUAAUUUGGCUGUGACUGCUGAUAGCGGUAGUAGUAGUAGUAGUGGGACAGUGGUAGCCUUAUCAGAGAAUUCCACUACUGACUCCACUACACCUAUCUUUACUCAGGACAAUUUGCCUUUAGUACUACCCCGUCGUCCUUUAUCUCUACGUGGUCUUGGCAUUUCAUGUAAUUCAAGGAACAGCUCAAUUUUAAAUAACACAGCUGGCAGUUAUAUUGAUUCUCCGGGUACAACGCAUACAAAUAGCAUUCCAAUUACAAGUAAGGGUGAUAAUUCAUCCUUACCGCCGCCGCCUACACUAUCAACAAUGCAUGAUCUACUGGAAUGGCAAUGGGAUCAAGCUGGAAGUUUGUUGAUGCAACAAGCAAAGAAGACUGAUGUUGUCACCUUGUUGGAUUGUCUUCAUCAGUUGAAAUGUGAAAAUGAUAUUCUCGAGGCUAAAUUAGUUCGUCUUACAACUAGACAUGAACACUUGCGGUCUGUAAAUGCUCGUUUAUCAAAUUCAUUGGCUACCAUGGAGGCGACAAUGGUGAUUAACUCACCUAAACAUGAAAUAUCUGAACAGAAUUCCAGUGUGAUUACAAAUCUUUCAAAAAAGACAAAUAAUCAUUCUUCUCAGCUACUUGAUACUAAUAUCGUUGCUCAGGAUUCACAUUUAGCCUCAGUGUUACAUACUGCUGUCUCAGGAGAAUCUCAGCAGAACCAACUGACGGACAGUUUAACUAAGGGUUAUUCACGUCAUCCAGUCACUGUUUCUAACAACGCGGAUCAACUUAUGGCGAAAUAUUCAAAUACAGUAAAUAAGAAAAUACCAAUUCUACCGAAAGAUCCUACUACAACUGGCCUUACCACUACUGGUGGUAUGAAACGUAAUUCAACAAAUCUUACAGAUAACCUCAACUCAUUCGACAGACUUCAUUCAACACCAUCAUCUUUAUUAACGCAGAAUCAACCGCCAGUAGUCUUUUGUAUUUCACCUGAUUUCUCAAAAUCUACGCAUGAUUCAUCACAACCGAUUUAUUCAAGUUUAAUUAAACAUCAGCCACAAAUUCUUCCGAAUGAAUUAUCUACUAUUACUACUACUACACAGCAUACAAAUCAGUCUAGUACAAAUCUCGGCUUUGUUCCAAAUUCAUGUGCUUUAGUAUUACCAAAUGCUAAUUCAGCAUAUUUCACCAAACCUGUUGAUCACAAUGAAUUGAGACUGUGAACCUGUUGAUUGAAAGACAAGUGCUUGAAAAAACAAUACGCCACAUCUCCCUCCAUCUUAUUUUCUAGUAAGCCGACUUUUAUCAUCUUUACUGAUAUUUUUAACAUGAUUAAAGUAUCACAUUUAUCGAUGAGUUUUUUUAUCACACUUUUAAAUAGAGCAGUAAACAUGUUUUUUUUUCGUCCUAUAGCAAGAAAUCAGUGCACGUUUGACUUCAGCAAUAGCUGCUAGAGAAGCUCAACCCUCGAAGACUUCUAACUCCUCCACUACUCAACCGUGUCCUGUUUUGCCGAAAAGUUCUCAUUCUGGUAAGAGAAACACCAGGACUGUACACAGUCAACCAACGUUUUCGUCAUCUUCAAGCAAAUUACCUUUACCUGCACAAGCGUCUAUGACCUGUUCACCUGUCGCCAGCAUAUCAAAAGUUGACACAUUGACGAUAACCAACAAGAGUCAAAGUUAUUGCCUUGCAAAUUUAAUUAAUAUGCAGCCUUCUUUAGCUGUUGAUUUUAAUAAGACGACACCGUAUCAUGCAGAUCCAAAUACACUACAGUUACAGAAGAAUUCUUUAGAAAAUUAUGCCAUUGUUGUCAGUAAUAAUAGAACUGCCUCCAACCAAUUCAACAAUUUUGAACCAACAGUGACAGUGACUUCUAAUACUACUACUAAUAAUAAUAAUAAUGCCGCGAACUCAUUGAAUUUAUCAUCGUCAACAUCGUCAUGAAGUGUGUGUGUGUGUGUGAAUGUUGUUGUAAGUUGUAAGACACACAGUUCUUCAACCUCUAUAAACGGUUCCCUUGAAAUACUUUUUUUAUAUACAUUCACGCACACUGGUGGAUUAUUAAUUUCUCUGUGUUGUCGUUUAUUUUACUACUCCAUCUAGGCAUGUUUUCAUAACACUUUUAUUUCCGGUUUAAAUCACGGAUUCCCCUUUAUCCGUACAACUAAUUAACUAACUGACUAACUAACCUACACUAAGUGGCCAAUUCUGCUUUUUCCCUUCUUGUUAGUAUUAUUAACCUUACUGACUCACAUCAGAUAUUUGUUAGUCUGUUUCAAUUCUUGACUUCUUUAUUUGUUUAGUGGUGAUGGGGAGCUGGGGGGUAAAUGUGUGUACCAGGCUGUAGGAAUUUUCUUACUUCCUCCUCGUAGCAUUGUUUUUCUGUGUGUGUGUGUGUCUCUCUCUCUCUCUGGCUCUCUUUAUUAGGAUGUUUAUUUAAAAGAUAAGAGAAAUUAUCUAUUUAUUUACUUAUUUAUUUAUUUUCCUCUUUUUUCAAUUAUUUAUUUAUCAUUAUUUAUUGAUUGUAGUGUGUGGUGUGAGUGAGUAACUUUCUUAUUGGCAGCCAUAUUAUAUACUACUAUUAAUACUACCAGUGGUGUAGUUAGAUAGGUUUUAUUAUAUAUACUAUUAUACAGUUUACGUCCUACAUUUUAAUUUUGAUAAAUUUUUAACUCUAUCCCUUUUUUCCAUUUUUUUAGUUUUGAUUUUUGGUUCUAUUUUACUCUAGCGUAGUUAGGUCUGUUUUUCGUCUGUUAUAUUGUCUAGAAUUUUAACCGUCCUUUUGUGUUUUGUAUCUAGUGAAUAUUGAAUAGGCUUCUUUAAUUGAAUAAAAGAAUUCUUAUAUUUUAAAUAGGAUUUUUCAAAUAUAAAUAUAUAGAAAUUAUCGUAGUGUAUUUGCUAUAAUGUAUCCUCUUCUCCUUGUGAUGAAAGGAUUAAAUAAGAAUCAAGCUGGAUUUUGUCACUAUUAUUAUUAUUGUUAUUAUUAUUACUAUUAUUAUUAUUA